CGAUUUUCCUUCGAGUGCAUGCAGCAAGACUUUUAUUUACAAGAUCAACCUUGCUAGCUACGUAGCUACUCGGCUUACUGAAGUGAUUGGUCAGUCUCUUCAUUUGCUUGCUCACUUCGUAGUAUUGAUGGCUGCCGAGAAAGAACGUGAGCCGGACACAGUGAUCAAGAUGCCAACCCCCAAGGAGACUUUGAAGGAUUCCUUCAUGAAGAUCGCGGUGGUGGUUGCUGCAUACUGGGUUGUGUCCAUUUCUAUGGUCUUCCUCAACUCCUACCUAUUGAGCAGUAAAGAUGUCAAGCUGGAUGCACCACUGUUCAUCACCUUCUCGCAGUGUGUCACUGGCGUCGUCUGCCUCUUCCUUCUCAGCAAGUUCGGCUCGGGGAUGCAGUUCCUGGACGAGUUCCCAGCGUUCCAAAUCAGCACUUCGCUCAUGUUGCAGCUUCUACCCUUGUCGGCAGUGUUCGUGGGCAUGAUUGCUUUCAACAACCUGUGCCUGAAGUAUGUCGGUGUGGCAUUCUACAAUGUGGGUCGUUCGUUGACAACGAUUUUCAACGUGGUACUGUCAUAUCUCAUUCUGCGACAAGGCACAUCGCCGCGUGCCAUCAUCUGCUGCUCCGCCAUUAUCGGUGGCUUCUUGCUCGGCGUCAAGCAGGAGAACAAGUCGGCAACGAAAUCGGGUAACGACUCCGAUCUCUUCCUGGGCGUGUUCUUCGGCGUCAGCGCUAGCUGCUGCGUCGCUCUCAAUGCCAUCUUCACCAAAAAGUUCUUGCCGCUCGUCGAAGGCAACCUGUGGCGCUUGCAGAUGUACAACAACCUGAACGCGUCACUUCUGUUCUUGCCUCUGAUCUUCAUCUUCGGCGAGUUUUCCGUCCUGAUGAAGUACCCCAAGCUGUCUUCGCUCUCCUUCUGGGGCAUGAUGCUGCUGAGCGGUGUGAUGGGCAUCGCCAUUGCCUACGUGACUGGGCUGCAGAUUCGCGUGACGAGCCCGCUGACGCACAACGUGAGCGGCACCGCCAAGGCGUGCGCGCAGACCGUCCUGGCCGUCGUCUGGGCCUCGCAGUACAAGUCCUUCCUCUGGUGGGUCAGCAACGUGAUGGUCAUGUGCGGGUCCGCCGCCUACACGUUUGUUCGGCAGCGCGAGAUGCAGAUUGCGCGCGCCCAGGAGGCCGCUCAGGCCAGCGAGAACAAAGCCUAGUUGAGUCGGCAGUCAGAGAAGCUGGAGUGGAAUUCUGGAAUUCGCCCACGGUAUGUGACUCAACAUGACUUUUGAGUACUGAGCUUUUUUUUUAUGUCGUAUCUUUUUUUCAUCGUCAUCACCUCUACUAUCUCUUCCCCUACUCAUUCUAUAUUGCAUGGUCACUCUACCGAAACCAGAAAAGUGUUAUCCUAUCGUGCUAUUCUACGUCUGCGUCCAGCUUCCGUCUUGUGUGUCUAUCUGCUGUUUCGUAUGGCCUUUGUCUUGACUGACUGCUCUAGUUUCUGCCAGAUAUGUUUGCAAUGGUAUUUUAGCCAGGAGCUUGAGCCGUUUUCUCCGGAUUCUUUUCAUUUCUUUUACGUCUAUCGAUGUAGUACUCGUGACUAUCCACGUAGGGUAUCUGUGAGUAGCGAUGCUGUUAUGAUAAUGGCCGUUUGCUCCGGACUUGCGCCGGUACAUGUAUUGACUGUAUAUACUAACCUUACCUUACAAUGUAAUGCUAUGAAGAUUGUUACCUCCA